AGAGCUUUCAGAUUUUGUUGAGCUUGUAUUCUUUCUGGUUUUUGCCCGCUGGCUCGCUCUGUUGGUGUUUGAAACCGCGGAGGAGGAAGAGGAGGGAGAGAGCUGUUGGAGUUUCUCUCUCUUCUUGCGAAUAUUUUGUUUUUGUGUUCUUAAUUUUCUAGAUUUUCUUCUGGAGUAGAAAUUGAAAUUGGAUCGCGAUUAGGGUUUGGGCUUGGAGGGAAGCUGGAACCAUGAAUGUCAUGCGUCGGCUCAAGAGUAUUGCUUCUGGUCGCUCCUCUUUUUCCUCUGAUCCUGGUGGGGAUAUCGGGACAAAAAGAGCAAAGGUUGAUCCAGAAACUGAACAGAAGGUUAAUGGGGAACUGAAUGCAGUUGAGAGCUGUGACAAUUGCCCGGAUCAGCAUAUGGCUUCUGCUUUGUUGGAAACGGUUCCAAGCACAUCCGGAAAUUCGAAUGCUAGGAUUGAAAAUUCUGGUUAUGAUCAGCUUCCCCAAGAAUUGCGUGAAAUGAGAAUUAGAGAUGAAAAAACUGCUGGCCACAAUGAUAAGGAUAUGGAGGCUACAGUUGUGAAAGGUAAUGGGACAGAAACAGGCCAGAUUAUUGCAACCACGGUUGGUGGUCAGAAUGGGCAACCAAAACAGACCAUCUCGUAUAUGGCAGAGCGGGUGGUUGGCACUGGUUCUUUCGGAGUUGUCUUUCAGGCUAAGUGCCUGGAAACAGGUGAAUUAGUUGCAAUAAAGAAGGUACUGCAAGAUAGGAGAUACAAGAACAGAGAACUUCAGAUUAUCCGCUUACUUAAUCACCCUAACGUUGUUCAGCUGAAGAACUGUUUCUUUUCAACUACUGAAAAAGAUGAGCGAUAUCUCAACCUUGUAUUGGAGUAUGUAUCUGAAACUGUUUAUAGAGUUUCAAGGCACUAUAGCAGGGCGAACCAACAUGUGCCCAAUAUUUUUGUACAGCUCUAUACAUACCAGAUAUGCCGUGCACUAAAUUACUUGCAUCAUGUUGUUGGUGUCUGUCACCGUGACAUAAAGCCACAAAACUUGUUGGUCAAUUCCCAUACACAUCAGUUGAAAAUAUGUGAUUUUGGAAGUGCAAAGAUGCUGGUGCCGGGUGAACCCAACAUAUCAUAUAUUUGCUCGCGGUAUUAUCGGGCUCCGGAACUGAUAUUUGGGGCAACUGAAUAUACAACCGCUAUUGAUAUGUGGUCGGUUGGCUGUGUUUUGGCCGAGCUUCUCCUUGGACAGCCACUGUUCCCUGGUGAAAGUGGUGUUGAUCAGCUGGUUGAAAUCAUUAAGGUCCUGGGAACUCCAACUAGAGAAGAAAUUAAGUGCAUGAAUCCAAAUUAUACGGAGUUUAAGUUUCCCCAGAUCAAAGCUCAUCCAUGGCACAAGAUAUUUCAGAAGCGAAUGCCUCCUGAAGCAGUGGAUCUCGUGUCAAGACUGCUCCAGUAUUCACCAAAUCUACGUUGUAAUGCGUUGGAGGCAUGCGCCCACCACUUUUUUGAUGACCUGAGAGACCCUAAUGCAUGCUUGCCUAAUGGACGAGCACUUCCUCCUCUCUUCAAUUUUACAGCUCAAGAAUUGGCUGGUGCAUCUACUGAAUUGCGUCAGCGUCUCAUCCCAGAACACUCGAGGAAAUAGAGGUGGCGAACGUGAUGUUGUCAUAUAUGUAGGCAUUGUAAAUCAGUUUUGGAUGCUUACAACAUUCAACACAUUAUGCCUAACCCAAAUUUUCUUGGAGCUUUCAGCUUUUAUGCUUUCACCGAUCAGUUAUGAAAAAAUAUAUAUGCUUUCUGUGGGUGGUUAUGAUAAUUGAGAAAAAAAAGGUUGCGAACAAAUUGGUACGACGCAGUUCAUGGGCUUUAUGAUGGAUAUCUGGAGGGACGAUAAGCAGGAGAAUGAGUGGGACUACUCGGGGAAGGAGGUUGCACCAUUUUCUUUAUUUACAGUGGUAUGUUUUAUAUAUCUCAACUAUGAAUGAUGACUGGUUACAAAUAUGUCAUCUUGCCAAUACGGUUUAAUGAACAGACCGAUACAUAGUUGAAAUUUUAGUCUUUAGCGGCCAUUUUGGAUGGCGCAUAAUGUUU